AGCCUGACCGACCUGUCCGCCGUGGCUUCGGUUCAGUUAAAAAGACACUUGCGUUCCUUUCCUAUUCUCUCUCACCAGCACGCCGCCGCACGCAACUUGCGACAGGUCAACAUCGCGGCGGCAUCUCUCAUCCAGUCACCCCUAGCGGCCCAGCGACUGCUGUUCCAUGGCGGACGGCGACGGCGCCGGCGCGGCGGCGACGGGGAAGCUCGCGGAGCUCCCUAGCGGCGCCGAGAAGGGACUCCCCAGGAGGGCCAAGGCUUCUUCCGGAAGGACAUUAAACACUGCACAAAUUCCGCUUGUUGCGAGCCAUCCAGAUGUGUAUGAGCCAUGUGAUGAUUCCUUUGCUCUUGUUGAUGCGCUACUCUCAGACAAAGCACAACUUUUGACACUACAGCCAAGGUUAUGUAUGGAGGUUGGGUCUGGUAGUGGUUAUGUCAUCACCUCUCUUGCAAUCAUGCUCAGGCAAUUAGGCUCUGGAGCCCAGUACCUAGCAACUGACAUCAACCAACAUGCUGCCGAGACAACUCAAGCGACCCUUGAAGCUCAUGGGGUGCAUGCAGAUGUGAUUGUUACUGAUAUCGUGUCUGGUCUUGAUAAACGCCUUGCUGGUAUGGUUGAUGUGGCAGUUGUUAACCCUCCUUAUGUGCCAACUCCUGUGGAAGAAGUUGGAUGCAAGGGCAUUGCUUCAUCUUGGGCAGGAGGUUUGAACGGGCGUCAAGUGAUAGACAGGAUCCUUCCUGCUGUGCGUGAGAUGCUAUCAGAAAGAGGGUGGCUGUACAUGGUAGCCCUUGAAGAUAAUGAUCCUUCAGAUAUAUGCCAUCUGAUGAGCGAGAUGGGGUAUGCAUCACGUGUUGUCUUGAAGAGGUGUACUGAGGAGGAGAGCCUGUAUGUUCUCAAGUUCUGGCGAGAUCCGCAUGCUGUUUCGAGCGCAUCUCCUAAAUCUUCAGGCUCUGAGUCAUGGUUUUCUCAGUUGCCUUUCAAAUCCCUUUGGCACAAGAACUCGUAGCAUUUCAUGGCCUUGCCAGUUCGGAGUCUUCAUCAGCUCCAAAAUAUAGCAAGAAGUCUUUUGCAUAUUCGAGAUGGCAGUAUGUUUAGAUGUGUUCGAAUGGAAUGUUACUGUUGGUUUCUGAUUGCCUCAGGCACUCAGAGUGCAAGAAUCAUUCUAGCCUGAUCGGUUUAAGGCGCAACCAAAACAUGUCCUUGCCAGAAAGUACUGAACCUUUUUUUUUGUAGCUUAAAUUUUUAUCUUAUGUUCUCUUCGUGUGUAUAUAUUUUCUACGUUGCUACUAUGGAUUCAUUAUCUUGCUGCAUUUGGAAUUUGUGUUUUCUGUAUCAA